CAGCGUCCGCCCGGGCGGCGUCUCUCGGCUGCCGAGCUGCAGCUGCUGUGCCCGCCGGUGCUCCGGGGGACGGAGCCGCCGCGGCGGAGGGAGGGGAAGGCAGAGGGGCUGCGGCCGUUCCCCCUGCAGCGGUGGCCGCGCAGCGGCUCUGCCCGCGGGCGAGCGGCUUCUGGGUGCUCCGGCGGGGCAGGGGCGGGCGGCGGCGGCUCGGCCGUGCCUGCGCUGCCGGCUGUGGCGAGCGGCGCGGCGCUGCGGGGCGGGCGGGCGGGCGGGUAAAUGGAUCGCCAUUCCAGCUACAUCUUCAUCUGGCUGCAACUGGAGCUGUGUGCCAUGGCCGUCCUGCUCACCAGAGGUGAAAUCAGAUGCUACUGUGAUGCUGCACACUGUGUUGCAACUGGCUAUAUGUGCAAAUCUGAGCUUAGUGCCUGCUUCUCCAGACUGCUUGAUCCUCAGAAUACACAUUCCCCACUUACUCAUGGCUGCUUGGACUCUAUUGCAAGCACAGCUGAUAUCUGCCAAGCCAAACAAGCACAAAACCACUCUGGCACCACCACCACGUCCACAUUGGAAUGCUGUCAUGAAGAUAUGUGCAAUUACAGAGGACUACAUGAUGUUUUGUCUCCUUCCAGGAGUGAGACUUCAGGGCAAGGGAGCAGAUAUCAACAUGACAACAGCAGGAAUCUCAUCACCAAGGUGCAGGAGUUGACCUCUUCAAAAGAGUUAUGGUUCAGGGCAGCUGUAAUUGCUGUUCCUAUAGCUGGAGGGCUAAUCUUGGUGCUCCUUAUUAUGCUGGCUUUGCGGAUGCUCAGGAGUGAAAAUAAGAGACUGCAAGAUCAACGACAGCAAAUGCUCUCCCGUUUGCACUAUAGUUUUCACGGACAUCAUUCGAAAAAAGGGCAGGUGGCAAAAUUGGACUUGGAAUGCAUGGUGCCUGUGACUGGUCACGAGAACUGCUGCAUGACCUGUGAUAAAAUGAGACAUUCAGACCUCAGCAAUGAUAAAAUUCUUUCAUUAGUCCACUGGGGAAUGUACAGCGGACAUGGGAAGCUGGAAUUUGUAUGACCAAUUAUUUUUUAAUCUGAGCUAAACUUACUCUCUGAACUCUUGAAGGCCUUUGGGUUCUGCUGGACAGGAGCACUUUAUCUGAAAACAAAAACUCUCAUAAAUCAUCUUUGAGAAAGAAAGGACCUCUGCAAACAGAAUCUUGGAUAUUUCUUUUGAAGGAUUCCAAAAGUUGUCUUAUUUGCACAGAGUAAAAUACACUCAAAUGUAUUGUUUGCUUUAAAGAUAUGAAAGCAAAAAUUAGAAGUUGUAAACACUGUCACCAGGGUUAUCUGAACUGUAGGGAGCUGAGAGCUGAGUUAUUCUAAUAAACUGUAUGCAAGCUCCUAUGUUUCCUGACUUAUUGUAAAGAUUUUUAAAAUAUAUAUAUUUUGUCUGAAA